GUUCCGAGCCUGAACGGCGGCCACUUCGAAUCGGGCCUGGGGCCUCGGGCCCCGCCGCCGGACCGCAGGGGCCCCCGGCCUCAAUCCGUCGGCCUCCCCCGGGCCUCGGACCCCGGGCCCGCCUCCUCCGGCCCCUCCCGGCGGCUCCCCGGGCCGGGGCCGGCGCUUAUGGCGGACGAGGGAGCCCGCCGGCUGCCGUCGCUAUGACUUGCAGUUUGCAGAAGCUGUUUGCCGUGGAAGAGGAGUUUGAAGAUGAGGAUUUCCUGCUGGCGGUGGAGGAUGCAGAAAGCCAGCUGUCCGGCUCCCUCUCCGGGAAGGCGGGACUCCCGCGGGCGGCUCCCGAUGGACCGAGCGGCCCCGGGCGGGCCGCCCCCCGGACGCGGAGCCCCCCGGCCUCGGCCCCCGGCCCGUCCGGGCCCGGCCAGGAUCGGCCCGCCGGGAAGCCGGCCGCCCUGAGGCCUCUCCCCUCCGCCGGGCCGGGCGGUCCCGGGGCUCGCAUCUCGGCGGCCCCCUCUCCCCGUUUCGCCUUCGCGGGCCGGCGCCCGGAGGCCCCGUCCCCCGGGACCGACCAUCGCGGGGACCCUGGCGUCGGGCUGACCGGAGGGCGGGGGAGGGCCCCGCCCCGAGACGAGGAGCCCUCAUCGAGCCCCAAAAAGGCUCGGACGGCGGAGCCAGCGGGAGCCUGCGGCCUGGGCCGGACCCCUCCCCCCGGCGGCCGGGCCUUCGGGGGGCCGGGGGGCCCUCCCGCCCCCCAGCUGAGCGGACGCGGGGCCCGGCCCUUCCGGGCGGCUCCCGGGCAGGCGCCUCCAUCUCUGAGCCCCCGGGAGGGGUCCUGGGCCAGACCGCGGGGCCCGGGCACCGCCAGCUCCACUCCGCGCCGGGCCCUCUCGGGGCAACCUGCCGCGUCGACCUCUCAUCCCGCCCCUUCGGCAUCUCCCGCCGGCCCCCCGUGUGGCCCCCGUCGCCCGCCGGCCGCCCCCGGGGCCCUGCAGUCCCCGGUGGUCACCACCCACCUGGUCCAGCUGGUCACCGCUGCCAACCGGGGGCCGGCCCACUCCCCGGCCCGGGCCCCGCCGCCGCCCCGCCGCUUCCCCGGCCCUGCCGGGCUCCUCCCUCAGCAGCGCGCCGGGAGAAACCUGGAAGAGAUUGCGGUGCAGAGCCCCCACCUCCCGGCCCACGGGGCUCUGGCCAAGCUGAGGACUGAGGACAUCCCCGCUUCCCAGAGUGUCCCGGGAGAGGAUUUUGGGCACGGCCCCUGGCAGACCAUGAAAGCCGAGCUGGGACUGGACGAGAGAGACCCGUCCUGCUUCCUUCGGGCCUUCAGCAUCGUCAUGGUCCUGCGCAAGGCGGCCCUGAAGCAGCUUCCCGGGAACAAGGUGCCCAGGAUGGCCGUGAUGAUCAAGUCCCUGACCCGCUGCAGCGGAGACGCCGGGGCCGUGUUCGGGGACCCCACGGGGGAGAUGCAGGGGACCGUGCAUCGGCUGCUGCUGGAGGAGCGGGACACCCAGCUCAAGGCCGGAGCCGUGCUGCUGCUCAGGCAGAUUGGCGUGUUCUCCCCCUCCCACCGCAAUCACUACCUCAAUGUGACCCCCAGCAACCUGGUCCGGAUCUUCAGCCUGGAGCCUGGGGCUGGGCCCCUCCCCCGGCUCUUUCCCCGGCGGAGCCCCUGGUCCGGCGAGCCGAUUGAACGACUGGGGCCGGACCCCCCAAGGACCGGGCCGUGGCCCCCACAGAACCUCCCUGAACCGGAUGAGCUGGACGGGCUGCUGGAGGCGUUGCCCGAUGACUUCUUUUCUGCCGCCGAAGCCCCUAGCGAAGCAGGCACCUGACGACCCGUGCGGCCCCGGAAGCCGGCUGUGCGAAGAUGAGCCGCCCAGGGUUUGACGGAGGGCGCGGCCCGGGCCGCACUGGCCGGCGGGCCCUUGGGGGGACCCGGGCGGGCCCCGCGGGUGGCCCUGCGAGGGGGUAGAAGCCGCCGGCUGGACUGGGCCCUCCUGCCCACCCCGCUCCCUCCUCCUGCUGGCCGACGGACUGGCAGACGCUGGCGAGGCGCAGGCCCGAGGGGCGGGGGAGCUUAGGCGCAGUAUCCCCUGGAACCCCCUGCCCAAGCCCCUGCCCCGUUGGGGCUGACUGGUGACCCCCAAAGGACGGGAUCCGACCUGCUGAAUCUGAAUAAAGAAGCCCCCUGUUCCCCGAA